CACCCAUCACCUCUCCACUAUUAAAGCUAAUCUGUAUAUAUAGACAUAGUGAGAGUUUAACACACAAAACUAGGCCAACCAGUGAGAGCUGCUUAGAGGCAUUUGUUUGUUUUUUGCUCCGAGUUUGAUAAAUCUGCUGUUUUUCAUGGCAGUGAAGCUUUUUAUCUGUUUGAUUCUUUGGCUCAACACUCUAUCUCUUCUUCAAGGUUGCGGUGAUAAUCAUGAAUUCAGAUACCCAUUCAUCAAAAGGGCAAGUUCGUUUGGGGCAUCAUCUUCGUCCUCGUUGUCAUCAUCAAACAGAGAUGAAGUAUGGUAUGAUUACAUAAUCGUCGGAGGUGGGACGGCAGGGUGUCCCUUGGCGGCCACACUGUCCAAGAACUUCAGCGUGUUGCUGUUGGAGAGAGGAGGGGUUCCUUUCUCAAACGCCAAUGUCUCCUUCCUCCGCAACUUCCACAUUGCGUUGACAGACACUUCGCCAUCGUCGGCUUCGCAACCCUUCGUUUCCACCGAUGGUGUGAUCAAUGCAAGGGCUAGGAUUUUGGGUGGUGGCACUUGCAUCAAUGCUGGCUUUUACACCAGAGCUAACCCAGGUUUCAUUCGGAGAAAGGGUUGGGACGAAAGGCUAGUGAAUGAGUCGUAUUCAUGGGUGGAGGAGCAAAUUGUUCAGAAGCCUAAACUAGCACAAUGGCAGGGGGCCUUCAAGGACAGCCUUUUGGAUGUCGGGGUCUCACCUUAUAAUGGAUUCACCUACGAUCACAUCUAUGGAACUAAAGUUGGAGGUACCCUUUUCGACCACUUCGGCCGUCGCCAUACUGCAGCUGAACUGCUUGCUUCUGCAAACCCCAAAAUGCUCACUGUCUUGGUUUAUGCCACCGUCCAGAAAGUCUUGUUCGAUCAAAAAGGGAGGCGACCAAGGGCAAUGGGAGUGGUUUUCAAGGAUGAAAAUGGGGACCAGCAUCGGGCAUUUCUCACCAACAAUCUGAGGAGUGAAGUGAUUCUAUCAUGUGGUGCAAUUGGAACUCCUCAAUUGCUAAUGCUUAGCGGUGUUGGACCCAGGGAUGAACUCCAGAAGUUGAGCAUUUCAAUGGUUUUGAACAAUGAGUUUGUUGGCAAGGGCAUGGCUGAUAAUCCGAUGAACUCGGUUUUCGUCCCCACUAAUCAAAUGGUGGAACAGUCCCUUAUUCAAACCGUAGGCAUUACCAAGAUGGGAGUUUACAUUGAAUCGAGCAGUGGAUUUGGACAGUCCCAGGAUAGCAUUCAUUGCCAUCAUGGAAUAAUGUCUGCAGAGAUCGGCCAGCUCUCUACGAUUCCUCCGAAGCAAAGAACACCCGAAGCGAUCCAAGCUUUCAUCAAAAGGAAGAGAGACCUACCACACGAAGCAUUCAAGGGAGGUUUCAUUUUGGAAAAGAUUGCUAGGCCCAUUUCCACAGGCCACCUCAACUUGGUCAACACCAAAAUCGAUGAUAAUCCAUCGGUUACCUUCAACUAUUUCAGCCACCCACAUGAUCUGCAACGAUGCGUCGAUGGGAUCCGCAUGGCUGCAAAAGUUAUACAAUCAAAACAUUUCACAGACUUCACAAAGUGUGACAAACCAACUGUAGAGAAGCUUCUUAACAUGAGUGUCGAGGCCAACAUUAACCUUAUACCGAAGAAUAUUAAUGACACCAAAUCCCUAGAACAGUUCUGCAAAGACACUGUGAUCACAAUUUGGCAUUACCACGGAGGAUGCCAUGUCAGCAAAGUGGUGAACUCUGACCUCAAAGUUCUUGGCACCAACAGACUCCGAAUUGUCGAUGGCUCCACAUUUAGUGAAUCCCCUGGAACUAAUCCUCAGGGCACUGUCUUGAUGAUGGGCAGGUACAUGGGAGUCGAUAUUUUGAGAAGAAGGCUAGGAAAAGCUCGCUCAUGUGUAAUGACAUGAGACCAACUGAUAGCAUUUGAAGAUCUGUGUUUGUUUGUUGUAGUGCAUAAGUGCAUGUAGAGAUUACCUUGCUAAUGGAAAUUUACCAUUUCCAUUGCUGUCAAUUUAUAUCACGAACCCGUCUUGACAGUGAUCCUAAUCCCUGGUACCAAGGUUGAUGUUUUUGGCACUAUAUAAUCAAAGAUGUAAGGUUCCAAGCGUUGUUUCUUA